AUGGCCAAGAGAACCAAAAAAGUUGGAAUUGUUGGAAAGUACGGUACCAGAUAUGGUGCUUCUUUAAGAAAGCAAAUCAAGAAGAUUGAAAUCACCCAACACGCUACCUACACCUGUUCAUUCUGUGGUAAGGACUCCGUCAAGAGAACCUGCGUUGGUAUCUGGAGCUGUUCUGGUUGCAGACGUACCCUCGCUGGUGGUGCUUGGACUGUCAGCACUGCUGCUGGUGCCACCGUCAGAUCUACCAUCCGUCGUCUUCGUGAACUCAACCAAUAA